UGUCAACGUCACAUCUUUCUUGCCGUGGUUGUAGUUGUACCGAAAUGAAAAAUUCUGAAAAAUAUUCCUUCUAAUGUCUUUAUAAAUUAAUAAUUGACUUUGUAACAGCCAAAAUCAUGCGUCGGGUUGUUUUGAUCUUUGUCACACUAAUCUUGUGCGUUGCGGCGUGGGAUGACGGUGAUUUUGAAGUGUUUGACGUGGUCGAAGAAGUUAACCAGAAUUUCUAUGAAUUGAUGGGAGUUUCUCAGGAUGCAUCUUCUUCAGAAAUCAAGUCAGCUUUUAAAAAGCUUACUUUGAAGCUACAUCCAGACAAGAAUGAUGCUCCGGACGCGGACGUGCAGUUCAGGAACCUAGUUUCUGUUCAUAAUAUUUUGAAGGACCCUGGGAAAAGAGAGAAAUACAAUGAAGUCCUCAAGAACGGUCUACCAAACUGGCGGUCUGCUGUAUACUAUUACCGCCACGUCCGUAAGAUGGGCCUGGCGGAGGGCUCGCUCAUUCUGUUCAUUAUUGUCACUUUCGGACAGUAUGCUGUCAGUUGGGCUGCUUAUGCUGAGAAGAGAUACACUGCUGAACAAAUCCUAAACACUCGAGGGAAGAAACACAUAAAGAAAUCGGGUUUUGACACCGGUUUAUCGGACAUAUUGGAUCAGCUGCCGAAACCCAGUAUCAAGGACACAUUGCCAUUCCAAAUACCCCGUAUGGUAUGGUGGACCAUCAUGGCCAUACCAAGAGGAAUCUCAGAGUUCAAGAGGAGAAAGAAGGAACAAGAAGAAGAAGCAAGGAGACAGAAGAAGAGAGAGGAAGAAGAGAAGGCGCGUGCGCAGCGCGAGGCGGCGGCGGCGGCCGAGGCUAAGGAGCGCGGCGCCCGGCGGCGGCGGGGCUUCGUGCCGCCCGAGCGGGCCUGCCUGCUGGACGCGGGGGACGAGCCCGAGGGGGACGCUCCGCCCCAGAGGGCUGCUCCGGCCCCACCAGUGAUAACAGGCGGUCUGUGGACAGACGACGACCUGGCGGAGCUGGUUAGGCUGGUCAAGAAGUACCCCGGCGGCAGCGGCGAGCGCUGGGAGCGGAUAGCGGAGAGCAUGUGUCGCUCCGUGGCCGAGGUCACCCACAUGGCCGCCAAGAUGAAGGAGAACUGCUACAAGCUGCCCGGGCAGGAGCCAGAAGCACCUGUACUGGAACCGCCCAAGAAGGUGAAAACCCGCAAGACAGAGGAGUCGAGCGGCGGGAGCUGGUCGCAAGCGCAGCAGGCCGCGCUGGAGACGGCGCUGGCCAAGCACCCCAAGGGGGGCGCCGGCGACCGCUGGCAGAAAAUCGCAGGCGCCGUGCCGGGGAAGACCAAGGAGGAAUGUAUGCAAAGAUGUAAAUAUCUGUCGGAAAUGGUGAAGAAGCAGAAACAGAAAGAAGAAGAAGAACAAAACCAGAGCCAAGGGAACGGAGAGUGUAAAAACGACAACGAAGACACCUCGUAAUGUGCACCUUAUUUAUAUGGGCUUAACGUUGACCAUUGAAAGUGAUCUUAUGGCUUUGACUGAGAGUAAUAAUUCGUGACGAUUUUGUGGAUCAAAAUUUAAUUUCUUUAGUUUGACAGUUCAAAACUAGCGCUAUCUCUUUUUUGCACUAAGCGCAAGUGAAGGAUGGCAGUAUUUUGAGAGUUGUCAUACUAAAAUAUAUAUUAUAUAAGUUUUGUCCGGAAGCAGCACUUUUAAUAAAACUAUACUAAAAUUGCUUUUGUAUAAUGACAAUUUUAUUUGGAAAUGUGAAAAAUUAUCAUUUUUAAUGGAUUAUUUUUUAACUGUGGCAAUGUUAUUUUGAUUUAGCAAAAUUAUUCUAAAUCCGUUACUCCGUCCGAAAACUAUUCGUUUAAUUUUUACAUUUUUUUUGUAAACACCCUAUUCGGAUAUUUAAGCUUGUUGAUUCAACAUAUCGAAACGUUUGCAACUUGGCUAGGCCGCAGAAGUUUGUGAAGAAAUCGCACUGCUAUGAGAUAGCAGAGGGUGCAUAGACAUUUGAACAUCACAAGAAGUCCCGCUGUAAAGAUUGUACUCAUUGAUGGGUAUUUUGUUGUUAUUACGUAUUAGGUUCAACCUGUAUAUUUAUAAAACUCUUUUUAUGUUACGUAUAUCAUUAUGUGAUCUUACUGACGUAUCUACACUACACAUUUUAGGACGUAUCUGCUAUUUUAAGUGAAACUUACAAGCAAGACCAGUGUUUAUCAAAACUUACAAGCCCUGUUAUAUGUUCUUCUAAUAAGAAGAAAUUAUUAUUAUUAUUAUUAACUCAGGCAGGCAGUUUUCACUGAUAAGUGCCUGUAUUCAACUUUUCAGUUGUGUUUUCCUUUCUCUGUUUUAUGGUAAUUGUCCAAUUUGUUUUUGAAGGUGUUGAUGCUAGAAGCGGAGACCACGUCCUGCGGCAGCCCGUUCCACGCUGUUACUACUCUGUUAGUCAGGAAAUGCUUAUGGGGGUUGUUGUUUGAAAUUCUUUUACAGGGUUUGAGCGUAUGACCUCUUAGAUUGGUGUAAUUCUCUUGUAAUAAUUUUCAUAAUUACAAGAAUGUGUUUAUCAAAGGAGCUCGGUGGCGCAGCGGUAAACGCGCUCGGUCUGCGAUUGUUGAAGUUAAGCAACUUGCGCAAAGGCCGGUCAUAGGAUGGGUGACCACAAAAAAAAGUUUUUUGUCGAGCUUCUCCGUGCUUCGGAUGGCACGUUAAGCCGUUGGUCCCGGCUGCAUUAGCAGUCGUUAAUAACCAUCAAUCCGCACUGGGCCCGCGUGAUGGUUUAAGGCCCGAUCUCCCUAUCCAUCCAUAGGGAAGGCCCGUGCCCCAGCAGUGGGGACGUUAAUGGGCUGAUGAUGAUGAUGUUUAUCAAAACUACACAUGUAAAUUACAAUACAAUACAAAUACACUUUAUUGCACCAAAGUAUAUUUUACAAUCCCUCUACUUAGAUAACGGAAAAGCCAAAAUGCUGUUACAUGCACCGAUCUGAUAAAAUUCAGGACACAUAUAAGGAGGCCAAGAUGCUAUACAAUUUGGUCAAGCGGGGUUUGAAAUUGAGAUGUGAGUGAAUACUUGCGUCUGGGUUUCAACCCUUGUUUUAUUUUCUAUGAGGCUGUAUUGAGCGGCAUUGUCACUUUUGAGACAAAGCUCAUUAAAUAAAGAUUUUUAAAAAAAAUCCCUCUACUUUUUUGAUAAACGUAAUGUACACGUACAGUCAUGAGCAAUAUCAUGUACCCACUUUAGAACCCUGUCACACUAAAAUAUUUGACAUUUAAUGAGACUUACGGUUUAAUUUGUCAAAAAAGUUAAUGUGACAUGGUUUCAAAGUGUAUACAUAUUAAUACUCGUGACCGUACAUGUAACUUGUAGCUUGUGAACGUGUAGACUUGUAAGUUUUGAUAAACACGACAUAGCAACGUAACAUCAAUACGAUCUGAGAUUAUCGAUUAAACGGAAUUUUGCAUUGUUUGUUGACAAGUUUUUUUUUAUUAUCAAACUGAUAUUUAUGUGAUCAUUGUUUUGUGUUCAGAUGAAAAAGACAUAAUUUAUGGAAAAAUAUAUUUGUUAUAUUAAAGAUAAAAUCAUUGUGA